AUGUUCUUGACAGAGCUGAACUGCCGUGUCCCUAACCCAACGAUAACGCCAACAAUUGGGAUGAGUGAGAGCGUCGAGAAGCCUGAAAGCACUGUCAGGGACCAGAAAUUAGGCAUGGUACCUACCACCGAGAAAACGGUAUCUGCAAAGCGUUCCAGGAGCCCAGAAAUUGAAAAAAACGUCAACGAAACGGGUUCUGCUAAAAAGGCCAAAAACGGGGACAAGAACGGCGAUCUAGACAGCUUUGGCGACACAGGAUCUACUGCGGGUAAAAAGGACGAUAUCAAACCAACAGAAGACGAAUCCGCAGAUAAAAUCGUGCGAGAAGUGGGUGGAGAACUAAGUGGAAAACAAGAACAGCCAUUUUUGACGGCUAAAGAUGAAACCUUGAAUGAAGGGAAGGGUGAAACUGAAUUGUCUAGUAGCUCUAAGAAUGAAGGAAAUGAAAUAUCUGUUGGUAGCUUUCCAGAAAAUCCAUCUGAAAAGCCAUCCGAAACUACAACUGAGAAGCCCAAAUUUACCUUUGGAGCAUCGUCUAGCUUCAGCAGUGGGUUUGGCGUGGCGAAAGCGCCUUCUAUAGCUGUUAAGAACUCAGAACAACCAAAAGCCUCGGAAACAAGCAGCAGUGAAAAUUCUCAAAAUACGCCUAAGCCAGCAGCUUUCGGAUCUGGGUUUGCCUUUGGCGCCGGAUUCCAUGCGUUGAACAAGGCAAAAACUACGUCAAGUCCUAAAGUUUUCGAAAAUGAAGCCGAAAAGGCGGAAAAAUUGGAAAAAUCCAAGAGUGCUAGCGUGACGCCCGCGGGAUCCAAGGAUGACGAGAAAAACGGUAGUACAGAAAGCGACGGAGUUGUAAAACUCACGAAGCAAGAAAUCAAAUCUGGGGAAGAAUCUGAGGAAUCAAUUUACCAGGCCAACGCCAAGCUUUACCAGCUCAGUGACCUGAAGGAUGGCUGGAAAGAAAGAGGCGUUGGGGCCAUACAUGUAAAUACAGACCGCACGACCGGUAAAGGUCGUAUUGUGAUGAGAUCUCGCGGUAUUCUCAAAGUGAUUCUUAACGUGUCGCUUGUGAAAGGCGUUAUAAUUCACAAGGGGUUUCCUGCUUCGUUGAACGGAGAGAAAUUCAUUCGCAUUGUUACCGUCGACAAUGAAAAGGCCCCCGUUCAAUACGCUUUGAAAACGGGUAAAGCAGAAACCGCAAGCGAGCUGUACGAGCAUAUCUCAAAGCUAAUACCCUCCUAG